AUGACAGUUAAUCCUGCAAACCCACCACGACCUGCCCUUCGAGCAGCUGAUAAGAAAAGUUUUGCAUAUUUCAAUGCAACACAUAAAUGGCGAGAAAUAAUUGAAAAAGGCAUUAGCAAUAUUCGUGAUUUAAUUAAUUCUUCAGAUAUUGAUAUAAAUGAAGAGGGAAAAAAAAUUAUAGCUUCUAUGGAAAAAUUAAUAAAUCAAAUUCAAAGAAAUGAUCAUUUAAUUCAAAUCGAAGAUGAUGGAAGACCAGAUAUUAUAACCUGGAAUGAUGCCUUAAAUACUUAUUUUAAAGACGAAGAUUGGUUCACUACGUCUUGGCUAUUCGCUGAAUGUUAUAUAUAUCGUCGAAUUGUUUCAAUAAUUACAAAUACAAAACAUUGGCGAAAUUAUGAUCCUUUUUUUCGUCAAAAAGAAGAAUCUUUCAAAUUAUCUUUUUCAGGAAUAAUUGAAUUUUCGAAACGUAUUGAUGAAUUAAUUUCUUCAAAAGUAAAAAUAGAUGAUAGUAUAACUUUUUAUGAACUUGCUAAAAUAUCACUUUUGGGAAAUGCAACUGAUUUAUCUAUGUUACCAAAUUUUGGUGCUGAUGGUAAUAUUCAAACAAAGCAAUCUGAAGAGUUGGAAAAAAAUAUUUUGGCAAAUGAUUUGGAAAAAGCAUGGAAAUGGUUAUCGAAAUAUAGUAAUGCUAGAGUAGAUUUUAUUCUAGAUAAUGCUGGGUUUGAAUUAUAUAGCGAUUUAAUUUUUUCGGAUUGGUUAAUUCAAUCAGGAUACGUGUCCGAAGUUCAUUUACACAUAAAACUAAUUCCAUGGUAUGUCUCAGAUACAACAUUAAACGAUUUCCACUGGUUACUUAAAACACUUAAAAGUGAUGACUUUUUUUCAUCUGCUUCUGAAAUUGAAAAAUCCUCCCUCGAGAAACUUGUUAAUCGUGAUUUGAAUUAUAGAAAGUUAGUAUACGAUUGUAAAUGGGAGACUGUUACACCCUUUAAAGAAGCUAUUGGUCCAUUAGCAAAUUCAAAAAAUGCAUUUCCGUUGUUAUCUUUGAGAACCGGGAAAUCAGAUAUAUUUGUAGGACUUGAUGAAGGAGUUGAAGAAAGAUUAGGUCCUGAUAAAAGUUGGAUGUAUUCCGGAAAAUAUGCAGUUAUUCAAUUUAGUGAAGGGAAUAAAUGA